UGGGGCUAGAGCGAGAGGUGGCGACUUGUUGACUUUUGGAGGAGCGCACUGAGCUCGCGCCGCACCGAGAGACAGAAACGGGGAGUGAGGAAAGGACAAGUGACAAGGAAGGAAGUAAGAAAGUCGCAGUAUUGUUCUUCAUCUGAACGGAUUCCCCCCCCCCCCUCCCGCUGUACUGCAACAGGUGUUUGUGAAGCAGAUGAUCCCUGACCACAACAGAGAAUCAGUAAACCUCUGGAUCCUUCUGAUUGGCCAAAGACGCUUUUCCAGUCAGCUGAUUGGCCAGAAGACACAUUUUAAGGCUCCUGACCAGUGAGGUGUGAGCGGGGGGCGAUGGCUGCCUCAGAGUUGAUGCUUGACGACCAGGACAGUGACAGGGCUCACCUGGAAGUCUCCAUCACCAUGGAAACCCCUCCCACCCCGCCAUGCGUCGCCAACGGCAACCCCCAGCGCCCCGCUGUGGCGGCAGCGGAGACCAACCACACCCCCGACGACGGCGGGCGCAGCGGGAAGCGUAACCACGGCGACCGUCUGCCUGUCCGUCUGAUUGGCCAGCUGCAGCGCUGCCUGAGGAAACGCCACGACUACGUCAAGAUCGCCCUGCCGGGGGGGCGGGGCCCGCGGUUGCCACGGGAAUGGUGGAAGACAGGGGUGGCGUUUGUGUACGCAACCUUUAACCUUGUCCUGACCACUGUGGUCAUCACCGUGGUGCACGAGCGCGUUCCAGACAAGACCGUCAGCCCGCCGUUACCGGACAAGUUUUUUGACUACGUGGACCGGGUGCCCUGGGCCUUUACGGUCACCGAGGUCAACGGGCUCAUCCUCAUGGCCCUCUGGUUCAUCCAGUGGCUGUUCCUCAAACACAAGUCCAUCAUUGGCCGCAGGUGUUUCUUCCUGAUAGGAACUCUUUACCUGUAUCGCUGUGUCACCAUGUACAUCACCACCCUGCCUGUCCCUGGCAAGCACAUGACCUGCGCCCCCAAGCUGUACGGGGACUCGGAGGGCAUGGUGUGGAGGAUUCUGGGGCUGGUGGCCGGGGGCGGGCUCUCCAUAACGGGGGGGCACCUGAUGUGUGGAGACUUCCUGUACAGCGGACACACCAUCAUGCUCACCCUGGCUUACCUGUUCAUCAAGGAGUACUCCCCCCCCUCCAUGUGGUGGUACCAGUGGCUCUGCUGGUUGCUAAGCGCCGUGGGCGUGGUCUGUAUCCUGAUUGGUCACGAGCACUACAGCAUUGACGUAGUCAUCGCUUACUUCAUCACCUCCAGACUCUUCUGGUGGUACCACACCAUGGCCCACACACAGGGUCUACGUGGUGUUCCUAACAACUACCUCUCUAGAACCUGGUGGAAUCCUGUGUUUAACUUCCUGGAGAAGAAUGUUCUAGAAGCAGUUCCCUGCACGUUCUCCUGGCCCAUCUCACUGCGCUCCCUCUGCCCUCACCCCCCCUGCCGACACUACGCCAUGGUGCACAGCAGAGGAGAGGAGUGAGGAGGAGGGUAGGAGGAGGAGGAGAGGAGGAGGAGGAGAGGAGGAGGAGAGGAGGAGGAGGGGAGGAGGAGGAGGGGAGGAGGAGAGGAGGAGGAGAGGAGGAGGAGGGGAGGAGGAGGGGAGAAGGGGAGAGGAGAUCCCUUCCACCCAUCUCUCCCCCUCCUCAACCGCCUGCAUCAUCUCUUCUCCCUCUCUCUCUUUCCCCAUGCUCUGACGGACCAAUGGAAAACUGCCUUACUACUUCCCCCCUUUCCCUUGAUGGACCAAUAGGAAACAGUCUUACAUCCCCCCUUCCCUGAUGGACCAAUAGGAGACUGAGCCAGACUGAGCAGAAGGGAAGGGAUGUAGUUGUUAUUGACAUCACACACUGUUCCUGAAGCCGUGCUCUACAGCUGUUUAUUAGUAUUUAAUUCCUUGUUGACUGUAUUAACACUGUUCUUCGUUUUGAUAAUAAAUCCCUUAUUUCUA